CCCCUGCCGCCUGCAUCUGGAUCUCCAGUGAAUCGAGCUCCCUCUUCCGUUCUGAUCCGGUCAUGGCGUCUUCUGCUUCUUCAAUCCCUGCCGUCUCUCUCGCCGGAACAGAGGACAUCGCUCCUCUCCCCCUCAUCCGGUGCCCUAGAUGCAACACUGGUGUGAUCCAGUGGUUCAUCUCCGAGACUCCCCUCAACCCCGGUCGGCAUUUCUACAAAUGCCAGUUCCGCGAUUCUGGGCGUUGCACUUUUUGGAAAUGGGAGAACAAGUACAUCGACUAUCUUCGCGCUAGAUGGGCGCACGUUUUCCUUCCAGUACCUACUUCUUCCCAGGAAACCCCCACCGUUAUCCUGCGUGACAUUCAGUCAGACAUGAAGAUUGUUCUUGCCGUUGCACUUGGUACCCUUGCUGCUGUGAUGAUGCUUCUAGUCUCCAAGAUGUAGUUCAGUUGUAAUGAUGUAAUAGGCUAAUACUCCCUCCAUUCCACAAUGUAGUGCUUCCUCUAUCUACGUGCUUCAACUUUGACCGUAAAUUUAACUACCAAGACCGAUUGCGGCGGGAGCAAAAACUAUAUCAGUGAAUUCGUAUUCGAAAGAAGUUUUCAAUUAUAUAAUUUUUUCUUCCGCCGCAGUUGGUCUUGUUGGUUAAAUUUACGGUCAAAGUUGGACCCCGGGAAGCGCGGGCGCACUAUAUUUUGGAAUGGAGGGAGUAUAUAAUUAGUACGACCAGUACGCGAAGCAGUACCCUAUCUAUGCAACCAUGUAAUAGCUAGUUAUGAUCAUGAUCCUGAAUCCACUUACCUAACUCAGUUAGCCCCUCUGUAAAUUUUCAAAUCAGUCAUACGGAGGUGCUAAUGUGACAGCUUCAAUAUAAUAUAAUCUCGUU